GGAUUCAAACUCCCGGAAGCGGCGCCGAGCCGGGGACUGGCCGGGUGGUUUAGGAUGAAUUCCAAGACCGCCAAAGAGAUCAUCGCUGGCAAGUGGGGCUUAAAGUCGGGCAGCUCCAGGCCGGGGAACGGUGUGGACAGGAAAUCCCUGGAGGAGGCAGGGAAAGGGAAGGGCAAAGCGGCCGCUGCAGAGAGCGGGCUCCUGGAGAAAAUACUUUCCCUUGAAAAAGAAAAAGAAAAACACAACCAUCUUCUUGGAGAGAAGGACAAAGAAAUCCGAAACUUGAAGGACAAGCUUAAAUCCAAAAACAAGAAUAGUGAAGUCUCCUUGUUACAAAGUCAACUGGAGGAAAAAACAAAGGAAGCAGAAACAAGAGAACUGUUAUUUUCUUCUCUAUUGGAAGAAAUGAACUGUUUAAAAUGUAAUUUAUCUACUGUUACUGCAAAGUGUUCUGAGCUUGAAAGCAGAGCUGGCACUUCUCAGGUGUCCCAGGAAGCUGUAACAAAGGGCACUGGGUCAGCAACUCCUCUCUAUGAAGUCGAAAAACAACUGAAAGAUGCACUUGAGAAAAACCAGCAGUGGCUGCUGUACGACCAGCAACGUGAAGCUUAUGUCCGGGGAUUGCUUGGAAGGAUCUUUGAACUUGAACAGAAGUCAGAAACAGCCAGACAACAAGAGUGUAAAGAAUUCAAUUCAGAAGGUCAUCUGCAAGAGGAAAAGCAAAAAUAUUAUGACCAGCUGUUACUAACUGCUAAGAGUGAGCUUGAGACUGAAAGACACGCUGUAACCCGGUUGAGAUCUGAACUUAAUGAAUUCCAAAAGAAGUAUGAAGAAAGCCAACAGGAAAUAACAAGUUUAAAUGCCUUAUUGCAGUCACAACGGGUUGCUGAAAUGAAGACUCUAGGAAAUGAAAAUAAAAUGAAAGAAGAAGUGCAGAAACUAAAACAAGAAAAUGAAACUCUUAAAAGACAGCUCAGAGAAGAAAAGAAAAAGUCUGAAGAUCUUUUAUGUCAGGUGCAACUUCUUCAUAAAUCGCUGCUCAAGCAGCAGGAGGAGCACACUAGGACAGCGCUAUUGGAACAGCAGAUCCAGAUGUGCACCACAGACUUUGAGAAUGAGAAGCUUGAUCGCCAGAACUUGCAGCAUCAGUUAAACAAAGUCCUUAAGGAACUGCACAAGGCCAGGGAGCAAAUCACCCGUCUGGAGCUUCUGAAACUCCAGGAAUCUGGCUGCCUGGAACCCCACGCAGACCUGCAAGCUGCCUUUGAGGAAAAGCUGACCACGUGUGACCAAAGUCCUUACCGGAAACAUUCCAGCAUUCUGGAUGAAAGUUUCCUUGAGUGCCCCAGAUGCCAAGUGCAGUACCCAACAAGCCAGCACAGAGAGCUCCUAGCACAUAUCGACUUCUGCACAGCUUGAGCUCCAGAGGGAUGGACUGUGUUUGCUGUAGCCACGCCGCCAGCAUGCUCUUCUGCGAAGGCAACGCAUCUCCUUAAAGCUUUUCUUCCUACGGUUGUAUGAAGGACUUCUGUUUUAUAACUCUGUUCCACAAAAACAUUAUAGUAAUUUAUUUGGCCUCAAACAUUUUACCUGACUUUUUUUUUGCAAAAAGAACAGCUACUGCAUACCUUAAAAUAGUAAACUACUGACUUAAUCUUUUUGCACUAUUAAAAGUGGGAACAGUAAAAGCAGACCCAUUGUGUCAGGCUUUGUUUUAAUGUUUGGCACAUCCAGUUCUUGGUUGGCAACUCCUGAUGAUUGGGUUUGUACCUCAACUGACAGCAAUGGGCCAAAAAUAUUUUGCAGCUUAAUAGGUAUAUAUAUAUUUAUAUAUGCAUGGUGUGUGUAUAUGUAUAGUGGGUAGAUACAGGUAUUACAUGUAUCACGUACUUGUGUAAUGUAUCGCUAUCUUGAUACUCUAAAACUCAGGAGGUUAAGAGGUCUUUAAAAAAAAAAAAAAAGAGUAGGAUUGGUUGGUUUUUUUUUUUUUGUUAAGAGGUCUUUGCUGCUUAAGAUUCCUGUUGAAAACAUCAAUCCUAAGCAGCUGCUUUUCCUGAACCACACUCAGGGCUGACUUACAGUUCAUAUAAAAACGCCAACCGAGGUUUAAACUCUUCUUAAAAACAUGUCAUUGGGAAAACAAACUUCCCAGCAAACACAAGCUUUCUUGGUGCUGAAAAAGGGAGAAUAGCACUGAAGUAAACCUGUUUGCACUUCUGUAUUUUAGAGGCUAAAGUUGGGAAAUGUCAGUUAUUUAAUGUUACAUUUGACAAAUGUCCCAGUUUAAAAGUGCGGCUUUUAAUAAACUGCUCUAGUGGG